AUGGCAGCUAAGAUUCGAAUGGUAUUGUUAUUUAUAGACAACUGUCAGGCGGAUAGCGUAAAUUCUCAUCUGAGCCACGUAAAGAUUGAGUUUUUGCCACCUAACACCAUAUCCAAGCUGCAGCCCUUUGACAUGGGCAAUAUAAAAGAUUUUAAAUCCUUAUACCGCAAGGAAAUGGUUAUUAAUCUAGUUAAGAGCAUUGAGCAAAAGAAAAAGUUUAGUUGCACAAUGUUAACAGCUACACAAAUUGCUUACAAAGCUUGGAAAAAUGUAAGCAUUUCGUGCAUUCAAAACUGUUUCUGUGCUUGUGGUUUCAAUAAAACAUUAAACGAUGAUUAUUUAGAAGAUAGUCCAUUAAACAUAGAUUAUCUGUGGGAAGCUAUAUUUGAAUACUCUGAAAAUGCCGGAUCUUUCGAGGAAUAUGUUAACGUUGACAAUGACAUUGGUGUAACUGGUAUGGUAACAGAUAACGACAUUGUGGAAGAAGUUUUGCAUGUCAGUAAUGCAAGUGACGAAGAUGAUGAUGACGCCGAAGGGGAUGAAACUUUAACAAUCACACAAACCAUAGCGUUAGUUCAUCGAUUCUAA